AGACUGAGAAACUUGUCUGCUCUGGCAAACCGGCAGCAGCUGCAGCUUGGCACAAGGGCAGAGACGUGGGGGAGGUUUGCAGGAAGAGCCCCCGGCCGGUCCUGAGAAAGCAGCACCGAGAUAUUGCAACCGAAGAUGGAAAGCGGGAGACAGGCAGAACAAAUGAAUGCCCCAGAGGAUGAGGAAGCCCAACUGAGACUCAUCCUUGUAGGUAAAACGGGAGCGGGGAAAAGCGCGACAGGAAACACCCUCCUCGGCGAGAAAGUGUUUGAGUCCCGCCUCUCAGCCAAGUCCGUCACUGCGAAAUGCAGGAAGAGGGCAAGCCCCUGGAAAGGGAGGAAGGUGGUGGUGGUUGACACGCCUGGCAUUUUUGACACAUGUGUCCCGGUGGAAGACACGUGUCGGGAGAUCAGUCGCUGUAUUGCCCUCUCCUCCCCAGGGCCCCACGCCAUCGUGUUAGUGGUGCCCUUGACCCGUUACACCGACGAGGAAAAAAAAGCAGUCACACGCAUCCAAGGCAUUUUUGGAGCCGAGGCCAUGAGGUACAUGAUCCUGUUAUUCACUCGGAAGGAUGAUUUGGAUGGCCACAAACUAGAAGAUUUCUUAAAAGAGGCGGAUUCCCAAGGCAUUGGGGAGCUGGUAGGGAAGUUUGGGGACCGAUACUGCGCGUUCAACAACAGAGCCACGGGGGAGGAGCGGGACGCCCAGGUGGACGAGCUGCUGCGGAUGGUGGAGGGGAUGGUGAAGGAGAACGGAGGCACGUGCUACACAAACGAGAUGUAUCAAUACACCGAGAAGAAGCUUCAGGAGAAAACGGCGGAGCUGCAGAAAGGCUACGCGGAGCAGCUGGCAAGAGAGAAAGAGAAAAUAAAACGCGAGUUUGAGGAGCAGCUCUGCUCGGGGGAAAAGGAGCGCCCAAAGGGAGAGAAGGCCAUCGGGGACAUGAAAGAGGUUUUGAAAGAAACGAAAGUGAGAUGUCUAGAACAAAUGGAGGAAGUUUAUGCUGAAAAGCUUGCAGGACUCAGGGAAGAAGCUGAAAAUGCGAUAAUGCAAAUUAUUUUGGAGGUAUUUGAAAAGAUUUUCGCAGAAGUUAAGACAUGGUUCGAGGAGAAUCUUGGGCAACUUUUAAAUUCUUGAGCCCUCUUAUUCAGCAUCUGUGAGAGUCAACAAGGGGCUUGUUACAACCGUCUGCCUCCAAGGGCCAGAUGAAUCCCCGGUGUUGCAACACGGAUGCCAGCAGCAUGAAACGAGCCCUGCGUUGCUAAGAUACCUUCCCCCUUCUGCGACAAAAUCUAUCCCUUGCUUUGGUGGUUUGUUCCCAGAGCGAAUUGCCAUCACCGGUAACAUGCCUGAAUUAAACGUGUGCAACCACAAGCCCCACGCAUACAUGGCAAAGGCAUGCAUGUCGCCAUGUAUGUACCUGCUCUGCUGCUGUGCCUCUCUGUGCUCCUGCAUCAGGAAGCUGUGACUGAAAUCACGAGAUAGAGGCCACAAGCCACAGGAAUAGCCUCCGUGGGAGGGAUGACUCCAUAUGAACAGCCUGACUCAGUUUACACCUGUGGGCCGAAUCCGGCCCCUCAAGCCAUUUGAUCCAGCCUGUGGCCCACCCUGCCCUAAGCCAAUCUAAGACCAGGCAGUGGGGCAGUGCGCAAAGUCAUUCACUGUUCAAAGCAGCUGGUAGCUCCCUCCCCCGCCAGGGGUGGGUGGCACCGAGAGGAAGUCACCAGCUAUUUUGAACAGCAAAUGACUUUGCACACUCCUCCACUCCCAGGUCCUAACUGGCCUGGGGGCGGGGGACCGCAGGAAGUCUCCUGCCCCUGUCAGGAGCGUGUGGGAACCACCCAAGGCCCACCCCUUCCAGGGGGGAGAGGCGAAGUUGGCCUGAGACCAUGAACCAAAGUUCAUGAAGAGCCCCCCGCAAAAAAAAUUAUUGCCCGCUCCUGGUUUACACUCAUCAGUGCAUCCGGAAGAGGAAGCAAACACAGAAACGUGACUUGUAGAUUCUCUGGUAGAGCGACAGAAAACGGGAGACGUAGAAACGGGAGACUCAAUCUUAGAACGAUGCAGGUAGAGAACAGCGUGGAAGGCGACAAUCCCACGGGGUUUUGUGCGUGAGUUUCCAAUCACGAGGGAGAACGAGGAAGAGGCAUUUCAAUCAGAAGGGAGCAGACACCGAGACCUGGGUGAGAACCUUCCCGAGCUUCCAAGGAAGAGAAUUCAGCCUGGGAAGAACAAUCCGCAUCCAGUAACCGCUGUUCCGAGGGGAGCCACGACUUGUGUGCUGAGACCAGACCUCGAGAUGGCGCUAAACAUCGCCGUGCCAUCGUGAGAACACGGCCAGCAGCGGCAGCGGCAGAGGCCAGCCUCCCUGAGGGUUAUGUAUUCGGGGUGUCCAAACAGUGCCACUGCUGCUCCUGGCUACGCUCCUAUUUUUAGCACGGCAGAUUGACGAACGUUGCCUGUGCAGUCAGGGAAUCGCCCCCUAAGUUUAGCUGUAACCCAGAUCUACUAAGUGCGGUUCCCUGCCCCACCGAGUGGUACUGAGACCAUUUAGAGAGAGAGAGGAGGAGUUUGCUCUACAGCCUUAGCUGGGAGCCAGCUGGCUUUUAGCACAAGCUGUGGAGGCUCAUGCCCAAAGCUCCAGAGGUCCCAGGUUCAGUCCUGCCUGUUGGUGUUACACCGCCAGAACCCAAGACUCCCUCUCCAGUGCUGGGCCAGAGGGAAAGGACAGACCUCUACUCAGAUACAGCCCUUUAGACACCAGUGUCCCAGACUCGUGGGUUUCCCUCACUGUUGUUAUAUUUAGCAGUUGAUUGCAGUUUGGAGAAUGUAUUUACAUAGAAAUACUUAGUUUUUUAAAGGAGAAACUGUAACCAGUUGGACAUCACCCCCUGCCCCCUGUUCACUGGUGUCUAGCUGACCAGACACAUUCCUCUGCUUUUCCCUCCUUCCCUGACCUUGGCUUUCUUAGUUAUCAUUUGUGAAGCUUUUUAUCGUGCCAUUGGUAUGUUACCUUUAGUACAAUGCAAUUUCUUUACUCAAGGCCAUGAGGCCCCGCUUGGCUUAGAAACCAUAUUGCUUAUGAAUAUGUAUGUGACCCGUGGAAUGUGUGUGAGUGUGAAUGAGAAACACCCAACCAAAAAGGCAGUUUAGAAUCCAUGACCUUUGAAGGCCGACAAAGCCCCUGCAAGCAGAUAAAUUAACUGAGAAGCAGCUGGAAAAUCUCUCUCUCUCGGACAAAAUGUAACAUCACAGCAGAAGCCUGGGACCGGCCCAGAGGAAGUAAAGCCUCCUGCAGAUCUGAAGGGAUCUCCCAAGGACCAUCAUGGUGGAGUCUCCAGGAAGCUGAUGUCUGGCCAGCGAAAUCAAAAGUAAUCUACCCGCACUUGCAGCCUGCCUCCGAACUGCAGCAUGACUGUGAUGUGUGUGAGAGGAUCACCUUACUCUUUAGAAUAUGUGCCAGUAAACAACCCCAAAAGCAAUCCUGCUCCAGCCCACCCUUUGUCCGGGUUUGUUGUACAGUUGAACCUCUCUAGUCCAGAACUCUCUGGUCUGGAAAUAUCCAUCGUGUGGAAUAAUGUUAGUGAGCCAGAAAUCCACUUUUCAUGGGUGCGGCCAAGUUUCCUGUGGCCCCGUAAAGUUUAUUUACAGCCACCAGG